GCGCGAGGGGGGGGCUCGUGGAGGGGAGGCGGGAGCCCCAGCGCGAGAGGCAGCCAGCGCGAGGCCCCGGCGGCGGCGCGGAGCGGCGCGGCCCGGCCCUCCCUCAGGGGCUUGCCUAGAUCAGGGAUCCUCACGGCAGCCUUGGAUUGCAGUUGAUCCUGUCUAUGCCAGGCAUUGCAAACAGCUUUUCUAUACAUUGGAAGCAUAAAUACGAGGUAGAGAGACCCCUGAAGUUCUUCAUGUUGGCGAAGGCAGCAGGCUGCUUAAGUGACAGUGAGAGAGUUGUAGUGAGGCUGCCCUCUGCUAGGAGUGGGUGAUGAAGGGCUGAGCACUCUUGACUCAUUCAGAGCUGCAGCGUUUUGUGCAGCUACCUGGAAGGUUCGGUUGCAGUGGUUUUUGGACCCCAAGCACAGAUGCAGCAGAUGCAUGGAAGUCAGCUACGUCAGGGCCUGAAGGAGAUUACUCUUGGAGGAGGAUCAGUUUGCUGUGGGUGGAGCUUAGCUCAGCUGCAUGAAAUAUGGGAGACGACAGGCCGUUUGUGUGCAAUGCCCCCGGCUGUGGACAGAGGUUUACAAACGAGGACCACCUGGCGGUUCAUAAACACAAGCAUGAGAUGACAUUGAAAUUCGGCCCUGCUCGAACUGACUCAGUCAUCAUAGCAGAUCAGACUCCGACCCCAACUCGGUUCUUGAAGAACUGCGAAGAAGUGGGACUCUUCAAUGAGCUGGCCAGCUCCUUUGAGCACGAGUUCAAGAAAGCCACGGAGGAUGACGAGAAAAAGAGUGCCGGAGCCCUGGACAUGUCUCUGCCCUCCACGCCGGACAUCAAGAUAAAGGAAGAGGAGCCAGUGGAGGUGGACUCGUCCCCGCCGGACAGCCCUGCGUCCAACCCGCAGUCGCCGCAGAACAAAGAGAAGGAGAUCACCUCCAAGCCUGUAAUCAUUUCUACGCCUACUCCAACCAUUGUGCGCCCAGGCUCGCUGCCGCUACACUUGGGUUACGACCCGCUGCACCCCACGCUGCCUUCCCCAACCUCUGUCAUUACCCAGGCUCCCCCUUCCAACAGACAGCUUGGGUCUCCCACAGGUUCCCUUCCACUUGUCGUGCAGCUUGCAAACGGACAGACCAUGCCCGUCCUUCCAGGCCCUCCUGUACAGAUGCCUUCUGUUAUAUCGCUGGCUCGGCCAAUGUCCAUGGUGCCGAACAUUCCUGGUAUUCCUGGGCCGCCCAUCAACAGCAGCGGGUCCAUUUCACCAUCAGGACUUCCAGUGCACUCUGAAGCCAAAAUGAGGCUGAAGGCCAGCUUGACAGCAUCUUCCUCACUGAAUGGCAGCAAUCUGGUGGUGGGAUCAGCCAGCACGAUGGUGACUGCACGUCCGGAGCAGAGUCAGAUACUGGUCCAGCACCCUGACGCCCCUUCCCCAGCUCAGCCGCAGGUUUCCCCUGCCCAGCCCACCCCCAGCACUGGCGGGCGACGGAGACGUACGGUUGACGAGGACCCGGACGAGCGCCGGCAGCGGUUCCUGGAGCGGAACCGGGCUGCUGCGUCCCGCUGCCGUCAGAAACGCAAGCUCUGGGUGUCUUCCUUGGAGAAGAAGGCCGAGGAGCUCACCACCCAGAACAUCCAGCUGAGCAAUGAAGUCACGCUACUGAGGAAUGAAGUUGCUCAACUUAAACAGCUCCUGCUGGCUCACAAGGACUGCCCCGUCACUGCACUACAGAAGAAAACACAGGGCUAUCUCGCAGAAAGCCCGAAGGAGAGCUCCGAGCCCACCGGCUCCCCUGCUCCCGUCAUCCAGCACAGCUCCGUGACGGCCUCCCCCAACGGGCUCAGCGUCCGCUCGGCUGCGGAAGCGGUUGCCACCUCAGUGCUCACGCAGAUGGCGAGCCAAAGGACAGAACUGAGCAUGCCGAUUCCCUCACACGUCAUCAUGGCUCCACAGUCGCAGUCUGCUGGCAGAUGAUGUCACAGCCUGUGCAUGUGACACGGAGCUAACCGCGAACUCCCAGCCGGAGAAACCGACCAUAACCACGUCCCUGACGAGUGGGGGCCGAUAAGGAUUUUUAUUUCUUUUUUUUUUUUUUUUUUUUUUUUUUCCAAGUGAGCUAAGGGCAGCUAUGGCGCUUCUUACACUGCAUAGCCUGUACAGAUCCUGGCCCCCGCCGCUGCCCUGCCAGCCCUGUCCCCGCGGGGCAGCCGCGGGUUGAGCACUCUUCUCCACCCUUGGGUUGACGAUCCGUCAACUCGCAGAGUCGCCCCAACAGACAGAGCCUCUUUGAAAAGCACCUUGAAAGGUUCGCUUUCAGGUAUCAGUUACAUUAACACUAAACCUCCAUGCUUGGUGGAUCCCCUUGGCGCUUUCACUCUUCCAAGUCCCCACCCCUCCCUCCUCCUCCACUCUCGGCAAAGGAAAACAUAGCUCUUGGGAGGCUGUGACAUUUAGUCGUGCUGUCAAUGUAUUUUAUUUUUAACAGCAUGCUGCUUCCAGGCAUCUGCUCCCCCCUCUGCUCUAGCUACCUGAAACAUUGCACCUUCGCACAAGAAGCCUCCUUGAGCUCCGAGGUUAAAGCGAUCGAGGUUAGUCUUGUCGUCCACUCACUCCCAAGACACCAGCGACAGAUUCUGGCCACCGUGGCAGUGUAGGCACUGUACAUCGCUGUGUGCCCACCGAGAGGGAGAGGGGGACACGGGGCUGGGGGGUACAUGUGUUCCUUGUCGCUUGUGCUGCACUGGGAUCUGCAGCCGUUGACGUGCCGCACUCGUAGUGGGAUGCUGGGGUCACUGGGGAAAAGGUACCGUCUGUUGUACAGCGGAGGCGCUGCGCUCAGUCUUCCUUACAGUAAAUGGGUGCUGACCUGUGUCUGCUGGGGCUGGUGCAAAGGUGCUCCAGGAGGCACAGGAGAGGACGAGCCGGCCCACCAGGCAGGAAUAAUCUGAGUCCCAGGAUUCAUCAUCUGCUCCCAACCUCACUGUCCAUCUUAGCAAACAAAUCCCUCCAUUUCCAAGGAUCACCUCCUUUACACAUAACCUUGAUGACCUUAAUAAUGGUGGCCUUAAAUAUUAUGAAUUAGUUGCCUGUUCCAAGGGGAGGGAGCACAAAGGAGUGUGUCUGCUCGCUGAUCUUGUACCUCUUCUUGUGAUUAGCUCCUGCUCUGGGUGGUGGAGCGCCUGUUGCUUCCCAGCCAGGGCAAACAAAGGAUUCGCAGAGCUUCCAGUUUCAUAGGACAGGUUAAAAACCCGGCCUUGACAUUGAAAGGCGCUUGAAAUCGGGUCCGUUUUCUUGCUGGGCGGGCGCAGCAUGCGUGUGUGUCUGUGUGUGCAUCCCGAGGCUGCCGCUGGCCCUGGGCGGGUGGUUGGAGUCGAUAGUUUGGAAAUAGGAGGGAGCAGGAAGGGGCUCUGUGAACGUUCGGGUCUUGGAAGGAACCUCGUCACAGCCCCGGGAGCUGCCUCGGCCCUUGGCCUUCCUCUCCUCCUCGGGACGCCCCCCCUCACCCAAGCUCUCACCCCCUCAGGUUGCACUCGCCACUUUUGAGCCAAGUUUGUUUGUCGAAGUCAUUUCAUUUGGCUUACCCAGACUUGGGAGGUUUCCAGGGACAGCAAAACCCAAAGCAAAGAAACCGGAUCCCGUUAGAUGGGGAAGUCCGGCGGUUUGGUUUUUUCGGUCGAUGGGAUCUGUCCUCUCCCCCUCUCCUCCUUUUCAGGUUUUCCUUGACUUCUCAGUAGUAUCGGCCACGGCGUUCCUGGGUUUGGUUUGUCUUGGUGCGGUGCUGCUCGUGGCGGUGCUGCUCGUGUGCUUCCCUCAUUUCUCUUGGGCGGCUCCGGAGGAGUCCUGUGUGUAACGGGGGGCACUUCGGCCUCGGCAGUUUGCCCCUCAGGUCCUGCGUAGCCCCCCCAGACCCGCCUUUUGUUUCUGUAAAGCUGCUUCUGCAGAGUCUGCGUGUUCAGAUCUUUUAGCUCUUGCUGUGCCAACACGGGGGGUGCUCCUGCCGCGAGAGCGGGCUGUGACAAGAGGGACACGGGGUUUUGGCGUGUCUUAAAGAUGUGCGACCUGGACGAACAGGGAUUUCAGCCAGGUGAGGCACAGCGGAGGGUCAGGAGCUUUUUUGGGGGGCAGAGGGUUUGAAGGAGGUACAAGAUCCAGCCCAGCCAGCUCGGCUUCCUCUCUUGGAGCUGCUGCUGGAUACAGGCUGUAGCGCAGCGAGGGGGGAUGGCAGAAACCCCCACGCACCUUCGCAUGGUCAUAAAAAUGACCUGUCUUGCAGCAGAGGGUUUGCUGUCGUCGUCAGAGCUGCUCAGUUUGCGUCAGGGGGCUUGGAAACAAGUGUCUCGCUUGCUUUCUUUGACCGGGAAUAGCAGGAAUGACAAAAAUGUGUUGUAAACAUAUUUGCUUCAUGGCUUGGCAGCUGUCGGGUCCCAUCCCUCGGUGGCCAGGAGCUGGGAGCCAGGAGCCGCGACAGCGGUGGUGCCUCCGGCAGCUCCGAAUGCAGCACACCAGCUCCUCCUAGGCUCGCCAAGGGUUCGGCUCUGCAGAAACCCGACUGUCGAGGAAACGUGUUUGCAGAAAGAAGAGAAGGGAGGAACUGGGCUGACCCCACCACUGGUUCCUUGUUUGCUUCCUGGCGUCAGGGUCUGGUGGAUGAGGCAAGGCAAGGAGCCGGGGGCUUUGUGGGCAGGGUGGGAGGAAGGAGCGGAAGGUGACAUUGGAGAGGCAGCAGCUCUGGGACAGAGACACGCAUGGCAGCGUUGGCAUCAAACGCAGCAGCUUCCCCGACCCUUAGUUUUUGCCCCUGGCGACUGAAAGUAACCCGAUGUUGUGUGCUCGGAGACCCGAGGUUGCCCCGCCAGCCCACGACGUGUCUGCAUCCUGCAAAAAGACUUUCCCUGCCCCGACCCUUGAAACCUCAUCACCCCACCAGGCAUCAGUUCAGCCAGUAGCGAGUGGGGGACACAGCGGCUUUUCCUCCCCAUCCCCCCGUGCCUCGGUGCUCUUGAUGCCGUCGGUGCUGCCCCCAUUCCAGCAUCUCCCUGUCUCAGCUCCCCUCCACUUGUGAGUGCUUAGUGCCUUCAAAAAUCUGCAAACCCAUGAAAACGCAGUUGUAAAGCUCCAAACCUGGGCAGCAAUAAUCAGGGAACAAGUGUUCGACCAUACCCUAACAUUUUAUUUUUUUUAAUCUACAGGGUUGCAGCUUUCUCUUGUCCCCUUCGGGUAUGUUUUACACCAGCAGCAUUUGAUACCGGCACCGCUGCUGCAAAAGCAGGUGCCGGAGCAGAUUUCAGGUCCCCGUGUCUCUUGCUACCAGCGUCCCUGCUUGCAGGGGCAGAGGUGGAGCAGGAAUUCACCCAGCCCGAGCAGGCUGAGCCAGCGGUGAGGAAGGUAGCCAAAACCUCAGCAUGGCCCUUAGCUGGCACCUCUGCCCCAGCCAGCCUCGGGCAGCGGGGGAGUUCUCUGGUCCCACCCUGGUGGAUGGAUGGAUGUCACAAGCUGUAAACAUCACUGUGGAGCAGGUGGGUGAGGUCUGUCCCGUGUUGAGGUCGCAGAAUGUGCCCGUCAGAGCUGAUGCUGGGCCAGCCUUAAACCUCAGAAGGAGCUGAAUGUCACGGGGUGGUUGUCACUUCUCCACCGGGAGGGACAGGUUUGGUUUUGAAGAGGUGACUCGUUUCUGGGCUCCCCAGAGAGGAGGGUACAUAGGGAGCGCAUCUUCCCACCAGUGCUUUUUCCAGCACCUCCACGCUGAUGGAGCGGCCACGUGUGGAUGCGUCGGGCUGCCAGUUGUGGUUAAAAGCCGGGGUUGAUGUGGUCACCUCUCAGAGCCAAGCUGCCCGUGCCGCUCUGGGGAGCCCUCCAGGCAGCUCCGAGGAGCCCAGCGGCUGCUGGGUUUCUGCCCCACGUCAUCACUUCUUUGGAGGCGGCUUCUCUAGGCCGGCGUGGCAGUAGCUGUGGAGGAUGUGCUCUGGUUUUUGGUGGCGGUGAGGGGUGUUCUGUUUGGGAAGACGGACUUUCUGGCAGGUCGGUGAUGCAGGGUUCCCCCCAGACCCGUGAGGAUGGGCGAGGGUGAAGGUGGCUUUUUCGUCUUCCUAUGCUGGCUCCAUUCUCACUUGAAAACUUUGCAGACGCCUUUGUCUGGGUCAAAACCCCUCGAUUUCUGCUCUAGGCUGAUUUCUCCUGCUUUCAGAGGCUCUCAGGGGAUGGCAGCCACCAGGCCGCUCCGCUCGGCAGCUUGCCGGGCACCUGCACUUUGCUCUGCCAGCCCUCGGGCCUCAGUGCCUUGACCGAAACCCUGGUGGGUGCCGGUGUCAGUCCUGUGGCUUCCCACAAAGCCCACCCGGUAGCCCUGCGUGGAGCACCAGGGAGCUCCAUCCCUCCAGUUAAUGGGGGAGAGUGAUCCUGGGGCUCCUGGCGCAAGUGUGGAGAAGCUGUGCGGGGUCUAAAUGUCGCGUUCAGCUUGUGAUCGAGGCAGGGAGAGCCCGAACGGUGGCAUCGGCCACUGGGAGUCAGGGCUUUAUUGAUCCGGCUUCGCUGUAAUGUUGAAUGGAAACAAACGGCUGAAAAACGUGUCCUGGGGCAAUGCCGACCCCUGGGAGGGCUCCUGAUGGAGGGGAGCACUCCCUCCUCUCCCUCCACUCCUCCAGGGGAGAAGAAGAUCUCAGCAACCUCCAAAUCCCUCAGGAUUGAGGGGGCGGGGGGUGGGGGUGCCUCCUUUUUCCCCCCAGACUGGCUCCUUGGUUCUGGAUUUCGAUGGCUCAGCCAGCAGAUUUGUCAUUUUUGGACUUGCGGACCCGUUUCAGUUUGGUUCUCCCCCCCAGUUCCAUGCGUGCGUGGGCUGCGGCAGCGGUGAUGCUCUCCUGGCCCAAAACGAGCCCAGGAGGUGACAGGGAUGUGACAGUCCCUGGGGACACGGGAGGAGCAUCCUGGAUUGUGUGUGAGUGUGUGUGUCCCAGCUGCUUUGUACGGUGAGCUUUGACGAUCAAUAAUGGAAGAAGCCAAGAAAAAGGAAACCCCCCCAAAAGCAUAACCACGAGGGUGUAGUAUCUAUAAAAAAAAAUAAAUAAAUACUUAUCUAUGAGUAUAUACAGACCUAUAUAGACAUAUAUCAACUUCCUGAAUGGAUGCGCAGCUCCUUAUGCAACGAAAUGGUUUUCUAGCUGUAACCCCUUCCUGCGGCCCCCCCCGGGCCCCGAGGGACCCCCCCCUCCGCACGGGCUCCUGUGAGCGGGUCCUCACAGCCCCCGCGGGGGCCUGGGGACGCGGGGGGACACGUCCCAGCCCCCCACCUCGGCCGUGUCGUACCAAACAUGUAAUGUGCCUUUUAUUUAUGCUGCAAAUAUAACAUUAAAAUAUUACCCAGGA